GGGGCGGCGGCAACAGCGGCGGCAGGGGGAGGCGGCGGCCUGGCCUGGCCUGGCCUGUCAGGGCGCGGGCGGCGGCGGUCCAGCACCAUGUCCCUGCAGUAUGGGGCGGAGGAGACGCCCCUGGCCGGCAGUUACGGAGCAGCCGACUCGUUCCCCAAGGACUUCGGCUACGGUGUGGAGGAGGAGGAAGAGGAGGCAGCGGCGGGCGGCGGUGGUGGCGCGGGGGCCGGCGGUGGCUGCGGCCCGGGCGGCGCUGACAGCUCCAAACCAAGGAUCCUACUCAUGGGACUGCGGCGCAGCGGCAAGUCCUCCAUCCAGAAGGUGGUGUUUCAUAAGAUGUCACCCAAUGAGACUCUCUUUUUGGAAAGUACAAACAAGAUUUAUAAAGACGACAUUUCCAAUAGCUCCUUUGUAAACUUCCAGAUUUGGGAUUUUCCUGGACAGAUGGACUUCUUUGACCCAACCUUUGACUACGAAAUGAUCUUCAGGGGGACAGGAGCGUUGAUAUAUGUCAUCGAUGCACAGGAUGACUACAUGGAGGCUUUAACACGACUUCACAUUACUGUUUCUAAAGCCUACAAAGUUAACCCAGACAUGAAUUUUGAGGUUUUUAUUCACAAAGUUGAUGGUCUGUCUGAUGAUCACAAAAUAGAAACACAGAGGGAUAUUCAUCAAAGGGCCAAUGAUGACCUUGCAGAUGCUGGGCUAGAAAAGCUCCAUCUUAGCUUCUAUCUGACUAGCAUCUAUGACCACUCAAUAUUUGAAGCCUUCAGUAAGGUGGUCCAGAAACUCAUUCCACAACUGCCAACUUUGGAAAACUUAUUAAAUAUCUUUAUAUCAAAUUCAGGUAUUGAAAAAGCUUUUCUCUUUGAUGUUGUCAGCAAAAUCUACAUUGCAACAGACAGCUCCCCCGUGGAUAUGCAGUCUUACGAACUUUGCUGUGACAUGAUUGACGUUGUAAUUGAUGUGUCUUGUAUAUAUGGAUUAAAGGAAGAUGGAAGUGGAAGUGCUUAUGACAAAGAAUCGAUGGCCAUUAUCAAGCUGAAUAAUACAACUGUCCUUUAUUUAAAGGAAGUCACUAAAUUUUUGGCACUGGUUUGCAUUCUUAGGGAAGAAAGCUUUGAACGAAAAGGUUUGAUAGACUACAACUUCCACUGUUUCCGAAAAGCUAUCCAUGAGGUGUUUGAGGUGGGUGUGACUUCUCACAGGAGCUGCAGUCACCAGACCAGUGCCCCAAGCCUGAAAGCAUUGGCACACAAUGGCACACCACGGAAUGCCAUCUAGUCUGAAUCUCAGCAAUUGAGGCCCAGUGCCAGCUCACUCCUCACUCCAGGGUCAGAUGCCACGUGCAACAGAACACGGGAGCUGCUGCCUAUGGGAGUCUGGAGACGAUGGGGAGGUUUCUCAUGUAGACGAAAGCCCUUGAGCCAGCUCUGUGCACCUGAAGCUACUAUCUCUUUAAAAUACGGCACAAAAGAACUCUAGAGACCUCAGAACUCAGUGUGGCUUUCUCCUCUUUGGGUCCUACCUUAAAUAGUUGGGAUAAUUUGGACCUGGAGAUGAUACUGGUUAUCCAUCUUUACCAGUGAAUGUUGCUGUCAAUUCCAGCCUCCAACAGCAGGAAAACCGAGUUUAUCCGCUUCCCUUAGCCUUUCACUUAAGUAGCGUCUAAAGACCUUGCUUUGCUUACGUUCUAACACUGCCUCUCAGAGCUCAGAUCUCACUGUACCUCUCAGACCAUGGAAGUGCAUUAGCUUGCUGCCUCAGAAAAUGCAGCAAAGGAUGCUUCUGUGUUUGUCCUGAAGAAAAAAGGAGAUUCCUGUGUGGCGUCGGGGAGAGCCAGGCUCAGCAAGCAAGAGCCGCGUCAGCUUCCUGGCUGUGGUGAGGAAAAACUGAAAGGAGAGAAUUCCCACGCCGGCGUUUUGGGUAGCAGACGGAUGCAGUCUCCUCAUCUGAUUGUGAUCAUGCACAGUGUAACAAGGGAGUUGAAGACAGAAAGGUUUCCUUCCCAUAGUCCCCCAUGGUGAGGGGCAAACCCAUUAUGUCACUGAAGUACUUAGCUCACUUUUCUUUAAUUUUGAUGCCAUGCCUUUUAUUCUACACUAUGUAGGUUCUUUAAGAAUUGUUUUUGACCAUAGAUGACCCUAAGGCUCUGGUGGACUGUCCACUGUGGGUUGGAGGAAGCAUGUGGUGGGACAGUGUGUUACUCUACAUACCCUGUCUCCGGGAUUCUGACACCGAGUGUCAGCUGUGGUACUUUCCUUUGCCCGGGAUAUGAAUUCAUAAUUGUUUCUCUUGUUCAUGGCUGAUACCCUUCCCAUUGAUUUAGACUUACACAUUUUCUUUACUGCACAUGCCCAGUAGUCACAUUCCAAAGCCACUGGGCCACUUGAGUGCAUCAGUGCCGCUGUUGAAUAAUAUGUACUCAGGUCUGUAACCCAGCAGUGAGACUUGGAGUGCUUCCUGCAGAUGACUGACUGUUGAGUAUCUACAUGGACCAUGGUGAUAUCCAAAGGAAAAAUGCUUUUAUAUUUAUAGAUUUCAUUGAACUCUAUGUAAAAUGGGUAUCAAUAAAUGUAUUUACUCCAAAAACCGUU